UGUAGACAUUUUCCUAUUUGUACAUACGUAGUAUUAGUAAUCUUGACAUAUAUCGUAUAUUUAUUUACAGUGUUGACAGUAAUAAGUAAUGUGCACUGUAAAACUUGUCGCAACUUCUUGCAAUAAUCGAUAGUAACGAUACGUGUUAGCGGAAGCAUAUGCAAAUUGCAGACUUACUUAAAACUAUGCAGCAUGAUAGAGGAAACAGAAUUGGAUGCUUAUGGAAAUAUGGUGUCAGUUCUACGUGCCCAAGGAUCCUUUACAGAUGAAAAGCAAAAAUUGUUACAGGAACUGACAAAAGUUCUACAUAUUUCUAAUGAGAGACACCGUCCUGAAGUAUGGAGAGCAGUAAAUGAUGAGAAGCUAUCGACUAUAGCUGAACAAUUAUAUGGACCUAAUACUGGAAUUGAUUGGGCUAUUGAGGGUCGCAGAACAAUUCCUUUGGUACCUAGAUUAAAGGGGCACACUUGUUUUACUGGUCUGGCUAAUAGUCUAUCUGUUGUGACUGCAGCUACGAAUGAAAAAUUACCUCUAACAAGAGAGGGAACUGAAGAUAUUAAAGUAAAAAUAGAAACACAAUCUCAUAUGGAACUGGACUUAGAUGAAAAGGCAGUUAGCAGUAUAUUACCAUUGCCUACAGAAAAUCAUGUGAAUAGUAGAAAAAGAAAAUUUUUACAUGAGCGUUCAGAUGCAGAACGGUAUCCUCAAUUAAAUAAUAAUAGAACUAGUAACAGCGAAUGUAUGUUAAUUUCUACAACAUCUAGGGAUCGAAAGUCGCCAUCUCCAUUACCUACAUCAUCAUCUAAUAAGGUUAUAAUAGUUUCUUCAAGUUCAUCCUUGGAUUCAUCUAAGCAUAAUUUAAAUGAAAAAUCGAAAGAAAGUGUUGCUAGUAUACCACGUUCUACAACUAGUGUUUCGUAUCAUCAAAACGUCACUAUUGUUCCAUUUAGUACUGCUUGUAUAGGCUCAAAUUCUACAGUAUCGUGUAAAGGUAUAAUUUCUCAAACCACAACAUACAGUCAUGUGCCAGCACAAUCGAGUCGCAAUGUGAGUACGACUGUACCAACCUAUAUCACAUCUACUGCUAAAACUAAACCUAAAGUAAUGGCGGGACAAGCAAAAAUUAAUCCAAGAGUGACUAUAUCGGCUGGUAAAACUAUCCAGAUGGAUAAUCAGGAUGCGAAACCCCUUGAGAAAGGUACAAAUAUCAUUCCUGUAUCAAACACUACCUUGAAAAAAUCAAGAUCUGGUAAUGCAAAUUACGGUACGUCUUAUGCCAAGAGGAUAGGAUCUGUAAAUCAUUGUAGUACAAAGCCGCUUGUGGCAACAAAAUCUUUGUCAAGUGGUGGAUCUCGCGGUGUGAUAAUUAGCUCCAGUAGAGUAGUACAGCAUCUAGUGGUCCUGGACCACCUCAAUUAAAAUCAUCAAAACCACUUUUAACUUACAAAAAACUGCCAUCUACAAGAGCCACCCAGCAGCCCACUGCUAAAAUGUUGCGUUUCUUCAAGCACCAAAGAGAAUCACAUAAAAUAAUGUAAUGUUGCACCAAUUUGGUAAAUAUAAUUAUAAUUUCGACCAA